AAUAAACAGUAAACGCCCUCCCAAAGUCAGAAUCUCCAAUGAAUAGCCACACAACACAAGUUCAGAAUCUCGUUAGCCUUUCAAUCUCCUCCAUCGCAACCCCAACACAAAACAACGAUUUGAUUCACCUAAUUCUUGUGAGACCAAAAAAAAAUUAGAAAAUUAAAUCCCCUCGAUCGCCCCCCAAAAAAAAAGAUAAGAUAAAAACACCUUUUGGGUUCCUGCGAAUCCAAGUCUUUAAUCCAGAAAAGAUUUUUUUUGGGUGGCCGAACAUCAUCGUAAACCAUGCCGGCAUGGUGGCUCUUCUUGUCGGUCCUCCUCCUUUGUCGGCCGUGCUUUUCCGCCAGGAGUGCACCGGGCUCCGUAACUGUAAUAACCGUCGACGCCAGCAACGCCACGUGGCGGGACUUCUCGAGGUUCCUCGACGCCGGCAAGGGGAGCCACGUGCACGGCAUGUCGGAUCUCAAGAGGUACUUCAACCGAUUCGGCUACCUGCCCGUGCCCAACUCCAACUUCACGGACGUGUUCGAUAACGACUUCGAGUCCGCGAUCGUCGCGUACCAGACCAACCUCGGCCUCGCGGUCACCGGCCAACUCGACUCCGAGACCAUAUCGGCCGUCAUGUCGCCUCGGUGCGGGGUUCGGGACACCGACCCCUCCGGCGCCGGAGAAGGCGCGCGGUCGCUGCGGCGCUACGCGUACUUCGCCGGGAGGCCGCGGUGGGACCGGCCGGCGCCGGCGACGCUCAGCUAUGCGCUCUCGCCGGAGUACACGGUCGGGUACCUGAGCCCAGAGGACGUGAGGGCGGUGUUCCGGCGCUCGUUCGCGCGGUGGUCGGCGGUGAUCCCGGUGAACUUCGUCGAGGCGGAGGUAUAUGGGGAGGCGGACAUCAGGAUCGGGUUCUACCGGGGGGACCACGGGGACGGGGAGCCGUUCGACGGGGUGCUCGGGGUGCUGGCGCACGCGUUCUCGCCGGAGGACGGGAGGGUCCACUUCGACGCGGCGGAGAGGUGGGCGGUGGAUUUCAAGGCAGAGAGGGCGAAGGCGGCGGUCGAUCUGGAGUCAGUGGCGACGCACGAGAUCGGGCACGCGCUGGGGCUGGCGCACAGCUCGGUCAGGGAGGCGGUGAUGUACCCGAGCCUGAAGCCGAGGACGAGGAAGGUGGAGCUGAGGAUCGACGACGUGGAGGGGGUUCAGGCGCUGUACGGGUCGAACCCGAAUUUCAGGCUGAGCUCGUUGUUGGAGUCGGAGAGCUCCAAGAACGGGGGCGUUGGUGGCGGCCGAGGACUGGAGUGGAGGUGGUUUGCGUGGUCCACUUGGUUAGUGGCUCUGGUGGAUUUGAUGUUGCCUUGGUGGUUGUGAGCAUGACUGAUGACAUA